AUGGCGGACACGACCGAGCCGCUCCUAUUCCCCGCCCCGCACCCGAAACAGCGCCAGCCUCCGCCAAGAAGCCGAGCAUGGGGAUGUGGACUCACGGCGGCGGUUCUGGUACUUCUGCUCCUGCUGCUGGCCGCCUCCGACCCUCCCUGCUGCAGGCUGUUCGGCGCGCCGCCGGAGCCCGUCGAGCUGACCCUCCUAGCAGGUGCCACGGAGAAGGGAGCAGUGUGCUUGGACGGAACCCCGCCGGGGUACCACCUGAAGAGAGGCUCCGGCGACGGGGCCAGCAAGUGGCUCGUCCAUCUAGAGGGAGGAGGUUGGUGCAGUACAGUCAAAGAUUGUUCGAACCGCAAAAUGUCUGCAUUAGGUUCAUCUAACUUCAUGAAACCGAUACUGUUCGGCGGCGCAGGGAUCCUCGGUAGUGAUCAGCAACUAAAUCCCGAUUUCUACAACUGGAACAAAGUCUAUGUACGGUAUUGCGACGGGGCGUCAUUUUCUGGUGACACUGAAGGUCGGGCGCAGGAUGGAAGCAUACUCCACUUCAGAGGAUUGCACAUCUAUGAAGCGGUUAUUGAUGAACUCAUGAGGAAAGGACUUGCAAAUGCUACACAGGCCCUUCUUACAGGUUGUUCUGCUGGUGGUUUAGCCACGAUACUGCAUUGCGAUGAUUUUAGCGCAAGAUUUCCUCGGGAGGUUUCAGUUAAAUGCCUUGCUGAUGCUGGCUUUUUUCUUGACGUAAAGGAUAUAUCUGGAGUACGGUCCUUUUGGUCUGUCUAUGAUGGAGUUGUUCACCUCCAGAAUGUUAGAGAAGUGUUACCUAAGGAAUGCCUUGCCAACAAGGAGCCAACCGAGUGUUUCUUCCCAGCUGAGAUUAUAAAGAGCAUCCGCACCCCUAUGUUUAUUCUCAACUCUGGGUAUGAUUCAUGGCAGAUACAAAACGUCCUUGUACCAGUUUCAUCCUCUCCUGAUAAGUCAUGGUUGAGUUGCAAGAAUAAUAUUCGAAACUGCAAUUCCACACAAAUUCAAGUUCUUGAUGGGUUCAGGAAUUCAAUGGUUAAUAACCUGAAGGUUGUUGAAGAUAAGGGGGACUGGGGCAUGUUCAUCGAUUCAUGUUUCACCCACUGCCAAACGCUCUAUGGCAUCUCUUGGAAUUCACCAAUCUCCCCAAGGCUUGGAAACAACACUAUUGCAGAAGCUGUUGGAGAUUGGUACUCUCGAAGGAGGCAAGAAGUGAAACAGAUUGACUGCGAGUAUCCGUGCAACCCAACAUGCAGCAGUCUGUUGCCAACAUAAUUUGUUACUACAUUGGUACGCGUCGGGAUUACUAUGCAAAGAAUCAAGAAUACAAGGGGAAAACCAACAGUUACCAUGUUGUAUAUCCGUGUCAAUGUAAAAAUAAGGAUUAUUUAAAAUGAAAAUAAGUAUGGUAAGAUGAAUGUCAAUUACUCCAGUUGAAAAAAAUGAAAUUAUUUAUAGUUCAA